AUGUUGCACCAAUCAUGGGUCUACGGGGUUUUGAGCCAAGAGCUUGCAGACCUGAAGCGGCGCCGCGCGGAAGCCCGUGCGGAGAACCGAGCUUUGGCCAAACAAGAGAAGACUUUGAAGAAGCGCCGUGCCAGGGUGCUGCAGGCAGCGCGGGAGUUGAGCCAAGAGGACCUUCUCCUGCUGCUACGCCCAGGUGAUGCUGCUGCAGCUCCGCCUGUGCCUGCGCCACCUGCGCUCCCAGAAGGUGCUGCAGUGGAAGCCAUGGACGCGGGAGCGGCUGGAGUUGCCGAAGGAGGAGAGAACGAGGAAGUGCCAGCCGAGGAGGUGAAUAUUCCGGAGUAG